GUACAACUGCAAACUCAGACAGAGAGACAAAAGCUUGAAUCGAUAUUCUGAAAUUGUCGAGAUUCAGGAGAUACAAAAACCAAGAUGUUUAAAAAGUGUAUCAAAGUUGAUUUAAAGGGCAUCGCUGAGCUGCCCAAUCCUUCCAUGAACUCGGCUGAAGACUGCAUGGUCAGAGGACAAAAACGGAAGGUCUCGGACGAUGACGAGGGCUGUUUUAGACCAGCAAAGGAAAUUAAACUUUUUCACCACGUGCUCAAUGAUGAGGAGCAAGCAUCGUCCUCCGUGGAAAAAAGUAAAGAUCCAAAACCCAAGAGGUUUGUAAAGCAGCUCAAAUUUGAAGUAAGGAGCGUCGUUCAGUUGCGUGAUCCUUCCAUGAACUGGGUUGAAGACGCAUGCAUGGUCAGAGGACAAAAAAGGAAGGUCUCGGACGAUGAAGAGGACUGUCUUAGACCAGCAAAGAAAAUGAAACUUUUUGACCACGUGCUCAAUGAUGAGGAGCACGUUGAGGAGGAAGAUAAGUGCAUGUUUUCCACUGAAAUUUCAGAGAGCUCCACUGAUUCAAAAGAAAAGGUGUGCAAGAGGAAAGCCACAGGUGAUGGAAAAGCAUCACCAGCAAAGAAACAGAAGAGCCUGGACCAGGAGGAGAGCAAAUGCAGCGCCGAAGAAUUAGAGGCUGCAAAAAUCUGUGAAUUUAAAGCCAAGUACGUGGAGCUGCACAAGCUUGGAAAAGGAGGGUGUGGAACAGUGUUUGCCGGCUACAGGAAAGAAGACAAUUUUCCAGUCGCUAUCAAACACAUUCCAGAGAUGAAUGUCCCCUGCAAAGUAAAGGCUGAGAACGGGAAGCAAAUCCCCAUGGAAGUGGCUGCUAUGCUCAAAGUUGCAGCUGGAACACCAGGAUCAUCAGCUACCGUGUCCUUGCUGGACUGGUUCGAUUUGCGCAAGGAGCUGAUCCUGGUGAUGGAGAGACCUGUCCCUGCUGUGGACUUAGAUAAAUACAUAGAGGAAUAUGCAGAUACUAUAACAGAGGAGACAGCCAAGGUCAUUCUAAAACAACUGAUUGAGGCGGCAAAAGAACUCGAGGAUAAAAACGUCUUUCACCGGGACAUCAAGACUGACAACAUUCUGAUUGAGACCGGCUCCGAUGUGCCUCGUGUUCGCCUCAUUGACUUUGGAGUGAGCUGCUUUUGUAAUGAACGCUCACGUUACACCGUUUUUUCUGGCACACCUGCUUACUCCCCUCCAGAGUGGAUGAUCCACGAGUACUAUAGGCCUGGACCCACCACAGUGUGGCAGCUGGGAGCCGUGUUGUAUAGAACAGUCCAUGCAGGAGCCUUCUUUGAUAUACUAUAUGUCCUUGAAGGGAGCUUAGAAAUUAGCGAGAGGCUGUCUGAAAACUGCCAGGAUUUCUUGAAAAUGUGUUUCAACCUGGACCCCAAAAGACGCCCGAAACUGAAGGACCUCCUGCGUCAUCGAUGGUUCAGAUGAACUGUCACACACACACUCACACACAAAAUGCUUUUAACAGAAAAAAGAUUGAUGCUAUUUAAUUGGACUAUUCUAAAUUUCACUCACAUUGCCCAGUAGCAGUGAAAAGUUGAAACUUUUGACUGCUACUUUACAUCAAUCUUUAUUUUCCGUCCUGGAACUCCUGUAACUCCCCAGCCAUCCAGGGAAAGGGGGA